AUGCAGGCUCCAGUGGUGGUGAUGAACACGGCGACGGGCGAUCGCAAGACGGGCCGCCAGGCACAAGUCUCCAACAUCACCGCGGCAAAGACGGUCGCCGACAUCAUCCGGUCAUGUCUGGGGCCCAAGGCGAUGCUCAAAAUGCUGCUCGACCCCAUGGGCGGCAUCGUACUCACCAACGACGGCCACGCCAUCCUGCGCGAGAUCGAAGUCGCACACCCGGCGGCGAAGAGCAUGAUUGAAUUGGCGCGGACACAGGACGAGGAGGUCGGAGAUGGGACUACGACUGUCAUCAUUCUGGCGGGAGAGAUUCUGGCACUAUCACUACCACAGCUCGAGCGCAACAUCCACCCCGUCGUCAUCAUCCAGGCAUUCAAGCGGGCGCUGAACGACGCCCUCAAGGUCAUCCAAGACGUCUCGAUACCCGUCGACAUCAACGACAACAGCGUCAUGCGAGACCUCAUCUCCACCUCCAUCGGCACCAAAUUCACCUCGCGAUACUCAGACCUCAUGUGCGAUCUCGCUCUUCAAGCAGUGCGGACGGUCAGCCAUGACGCAGGAGGUGGCAAGAAGGAGGUGGAUAUCAAGAGAUAUGCGCGUGUGGAGAAGGUGCCGGGCGGUGAGAUUGAGGACAGCACGGUGCUGGACGGCGUCAUGCUGAACAAGGACAUCACACACCCCAAGAUGAGGAGGCGGAUAGAGAACCCACGUAUUGUACUGCUUGACUGCACACUCGAGUACAAGAAGGGUGAAUCGCAGACCAACAUCGAGAUCAGCAAGGAGGAGGACUGGAAUCGCAUCCUGCAGAUCGAGGAGGAGCAGGUGCGAGCCAUGUGUGAUGCCAUCAUCGCCGUCAAGCCAGAUCUGGUCAUCACCGAGAAGGGCGUAUCAGACCUGGCACAGCACUUCCUCGUCAAGCACGACAUCACCGCACUCCGCCGUGUACGAAAGACCGACAACAACCGAGUCGCUCGUGCUACGGGCGCCACCAUCGUCAACUCCGUCUACGAUCUGACUGAACGCGACGUCGGCACCCACUGCGGCCUGUUCGAGAUUGCGAAGAUUGGCGACGAGUACUUCACCUUCCUCACCAAGUGCAAGAACCCCAAGGCUUGCACCAUCCUCCUCCGCGGUCCAUCGAAAGACAUACUCAACGAGAUCGACCGCAACCUCCUCGAUGCCAUGUCAGUUGCGAGGAAUGUCAUCUUCCAUCCAUAUCUCUCGCCUGGUGGUGGUGCAACGGAGAUGGCGUGUGCUGUGCGGUUAUCGCAGACGGCGAAGAGCGUCGAAGGUGUGCAGCAGUGGCCAUACAAGGCGAUUGCCGAUGCAAUGGAAGUCAUCCCGCGCACACUGAUCCAAAACGCCGGUGCCUCACCCAUUCGGAUUCUCACUCAAUUGCGGGCGAAACAUGCCGAGGGAGGCAGCACCUUCGGUAUCGACGGUGAUGCUGGUAAGGUGGUGGACAUGAAGGACUUUGGUAUUUGGGAGCCGCAAGCUGUUAAGCUGCAGAGCAUCAAGACGGCCGUGGAGAGUGCGUGCUUGUUGCUGAGAGUGGAUGACAUCGUGGGAGCCAAGCAGGCGAAGACGAGUGGAGGAAACAUGGGUGGGGGCGAUGAUUAG